GGCUGAGGUUGAGGCGGGCUUGGCUGAGGGUGAGGCGGGCUUGGCUGAGGGUGAGGCGGGCUUGGUUCAGGGUCGUGCGGGUGGUGAGGAGGGUCGCUGGGCUUUGGGUCAUGCGGGUGGUGGGGAGGGUCGCUUGGCUUGGGACCGGGGCCAGGCUCGGGCUUGGGGUCGUGGGGCUUUCCAUCACGACGGGUAGGCGGCUGAGGCGAAGGAGCGCCGGGACCACCAGAGCCAGGCUGAGGGGAUGGACCUCCGGGGCCAGGCUGAGGAGAAGGGCCUCCCGGGCCGGGCUGAGGGGAAGGCCCAGUCGGAGGGAACGGUGGUUGCGAGGGGAAAGGUGGCUGCGGCCCACCCGGAAACGGGAAAGGAGCAGGAGAGGGGAACGGGCCACUUGGUGGGAAUGGCUCAGAUGGGUAGCCAGGAGCGGGACCGCCAGGUUGAGGCUCAGGUCCAGGGCCACUGGGACCUCCAGGUCCGGUUGGGCUCUGAGCGACCGGAGCGGCGGCAACAAGUGCCGUGAGAGCGAGAGUGAGGAGAGUGAGUCUCAUUCUGUCGGUAGAGCGAGUGAUUUUGAAAGAGUGUGUUUGUAUUAUAAAUGCGAAUUGCCUUGUGUGUUGAAGGUGAAGGAAAACAAAAUGACUGUCGAGUUCUCGUCGUCAGUUUAUAUACAGUCAUGCGGCCAUGGAGCAUACGCCAAUUCCUCCAAGAUCCAUUGAGGAGACCAUGAUGCCAUUCACGCGAAUAAGUUAAAGCUACGUUAGGCAGGAGGUGCUGUUCGUGUUGUUGGCCAAUAUUGACUGUUUGCGGUGCCAUCAUCGCUGUCAACGGUGAGGCUACCUUUGUCAACUUGCCGUAUCGGGAAUGAUCAUGACUCCGAGGAUUAAUCUUACAAAGCUUCUCAAUUUCCCGAGCCAUCUAAAGGACUAGUAUAACCUUGUUGUCGACCAAUUAAAGCGCCUGGCAGUCAGCCGAUGGUAACUUCCCAACUCGUUCGCGUUCCUGAAUUGGAUAUGUAAGCCGAACUAUAUGUGCCUUAUUAUAUAUAAUAGG